AUGUGGCCAGAUGCCUCGCAUUUGUCUGUUUUCGCCGCUGCAGCAAACGUGAUCGUGUACCGCGACUUGAAGCCAGAAAACAUCCUCCUUGAUCAUCGAGGCCACGUGAAACUGGUUGACUUCGGUUUCGCCCGGUCUCUAGAUCCGCUGCCGCCCGCCUCGCGCUCUACGGAUGUUCGCUUCGCCAAAAUAGAGCCUGCCUCUCGAGAGCGACACCACCACUGCGCUUUGCGAGCGGAUGCGCCUUCCCAGAUGGCUGCGCGGGGUCUAGGCUCUUCGUUUCCUAGGCGACAUGACGACUCCUACCACACAGCAUCAACCCCCGAACCCUCUCAAGAGGAAUCGAAACGUCCACAGGUGUCUUUCGUGUCUCCACAUCAUGUUCCAAGCGACGACCCGACGCGCACGUUCUCUCCAUUCCUCGCGGAGCUACCGGCGAACCUCUGGAGUGGGACACCGCACUCUGGGUUUUCCCGGGACGAUGCAGAGAGUCGCGCCUCGCCAUCGAUUGGAGGUUUGGGUGUGCCCGUCCAGAGACAAGGGUGCGGGAUUCUGGGGCACAGUCCUCGCAAGAAACCUGUUGGGGACGACGGCGAGCCCGCGAAAGGAGCGCUCCGGCCUCACGCUCCCUUUAUCCCCUUGCCUGGGACAGAGUACGGCGGAGCAGUCGCAAACGAGUCUGCGCGUUUUGCGGUCCGCCACAGCGCAGGAGGGGACCGCGCCAAGGGAGUGAAGGAGACGCGGUUCGAAGCCAAGGGAGAGAGGCUGUUCCCCGGCUGCUGCCAAGCAGUCAAGUGCGCCACUGCCCUAGCUUUCAUCGACACUGCGAGAAACACAGCUGCUGACACGGAAAAAAAAUGCCCUCACCUCCCUGCCGCUCCAGCAGCCACGUCGCCGUUCGGCGCAUUCGCCCUCCCUGCCCCAGAGGCGAAUCCGUUCGAGUCAGGGCUGAAACCUCCCGACCUCGCACGCGUCUGUCCCUCUCCAGACGCCUGUGCCUCCUCGGCUUCGACAGGCUCUUUGCCUGGCGUCUCGUUCGAUCCCCGCUCGCUCUCUGUGUCGCCAUCCUCGUACGCAUUUGCCUCCUCUCCUGCUGGCAUGGCAUCCGCACAUCGAGCACCCCGCGCGCUUGGCCCUCCUCUGUCGCCGACCGGUGGGUCACACGAGCGAUACACUCCGCGCUUUGCGAAGAAGCUUCAGAACGCUCCAGGCUGUGCCCACUCAGCCGCGGACAACGCGCACUGCUGCAGGCAGCUGACGGAGCCCCGCGCCCGCCAGCGCACAUCGCCCCGCUCUAGCCAGAGAACAGAAAAGGAGUCUCCCCUGAUCGGUUCGAAUCCGCAGUGUGGGAGCAUCUGCACAGAAAAGGAACUUGUCAGCGGCAACCCUUCUGUUGGGAGUUUCGCCAGCCGGGAGUCCUGUUUCUCCUUUUUCGCGAUGGCGCGUCCCACGGGAGACCACGACGCUGGUCAUUAUGGAGGCGGAAGUUCUUCCGGCGAGCCCAUGUCAUCAGAGCCGGAGAAAGAGACCAGCGAGGAGCGAGGAGCAUCGUGCAGCCCGACAGCAUGGUUUUCCUGCCGCGAAAAGGAACCUGCAUCUCCUGCAAGGCGCGGAUCCCUGCUGCCUCCCCUUCACGCAUCCUCUGACGGCACACCCGGCCAGAGGGGGAAAGAUCGCUUUUCUGAUCCAGGGAACGGCCGAAGGGAGUCUUUUGGGUUUUCCCGAAGCAGCGACUUUGUAGACUUUGAAGGUCCGGCGACGCGCGCGACGAGUUGGAGCUCGAUCCAGCUCGACCCGGCGUCGGCGCGCAUUCCUCUGACGCAGACUGAAGACGAAGACGACUCGGAACUCGUGCAGCUCGAAAACAUGGCCUCUCGCCUGAGACGAGAAUCUGUACCGGGACAAGAAAGAGCUCUCCCUCCCCGCUCAUCCAAGGACGCACGACACGUAGAGGACUUCCGAAGCGACGGAGCCGGCAGCAUUCCCUCGGGCAUUCCUCAGAGGGAGUUUCUAAAUGUGAACACGAGCCGAGGGAAGGCAGUGGGGGAAGAAGCCCAGGCUCUGCGGACGGCGAUAGGCGACCAGUCUCCGUCCCAGGUUGGACUCGACGACCGUCGGGUUUCGCCAGAGCGCGGUGCUUCCUGUACAGCCGAAACGCGUUGCUCGAGUGGGCCAGGGCUCUUUGCGCGCAGAACCCUUCCUCACGCUGAAGAAGCGCGCUGGUCGGGAAAACCGGAUGCGCGGCAAUCCAGACACCCGGUUUCCGCGGUGGCCACCUCCUCCUGGCCCGCAGACAGGCGUGUUGACGGCAGUCCUGUGCAAGAACAAAACGAGCACUCCGGGACUGGAAGCCACGGUAGCUGUCGAGUCCAAGACGCCAGCGCGACUGGCCAAAAGGAUUCGUCGCUUCGCUGGGACGGUGGCGAUUCGAAAACGCGUCUGAACGCGGGUGUCCGUGGAGGACCGCUGGGACCCGCCUCGGAUGCUUCUCCCGCGCAAGGUCGUCCGCGAGGCAUACCGGACCUGGCAGCGGAAGAACGUGACGCAGCGAGAGAGCUAGACGGGGCAUAUUGCAACGCACAGGCGUUUUCUCUGCAACCAGAGACCGCGUUCUACGAUGGUACGGCCCCGUCUGCGACACGCGACCCGUGCGGAUAUGCCUCCGGAGUCCUCCCUCUCUGCGACGGGUAUUCGUCGCCGAUCGAGGCAGAUUCUUCCCUCUGUCACGUGCCCAGCGGUGAACUCGGUUCUCUCACGUCCAGAGGCGAUCUCACCACAACUGCGCCGCUUUCGGCGUACGGUACAACGACGCAGCUCAGCGCUCUCUCCCCGUCUCUCCACACCACGAGUGCCCAGCACUUUCCCCUCUCACAUACGGGCGGAGCAACGCCGGCGGAUGCAGCCGCAACGACGAACUCCGUCGCGUCUGCCGCCGGCGUUUCAGAGAGCGCAGGCGCGCUGAGCCUCUCAGCCGCUUCGCCUGCUAGCGAACGUGCGGGGACCUCUCCGGCUGACGCGGGAAACUCCCUUUUGUUUUCGUCCUCCUUGGCGCUCUCUCCAGCGUCGUUCGCCGAGUGUACAGACACGCGACUUCCUCCCCUCGCCACAACUCGCAGAGUCGCCCGCGGCGGAUCGCGACCAGAAGCUGAACCAGGCGGGGAACUGUGCAGAGCGAAGCGGCGUGGUGUCGGCACUUGUGAGUCCGCGCUCCGUGCCUCCCUCAGUCCUUCCGCUUUCCCACAGGAAGUGCGCGAAUCUGCGGCGAGCGCGUCAGAAACGGCGCACUUCUUCAGCGCGACGUCGCACCGAACCGCCCCGAGCAUGUCACCCGCGUCUGAAAGGACACCGAAUUCCCGAGGCGGGAUCUACCAGGACUCCGGAGAAGGCGACUCAGAGGAUGUGUUGGAAACGCCGCCUGGACCCGCGGCGCGCAGCUUGUUUGAAUGCGGCGCUUUGCGGAGAAGGCUUCGGGAAAAGCGAGAUCCGCUGGGUGACCGCCCUCGGGAAAGAAGCGAAAUUCUAAAAGGGACGGGGACACAACGAACGGGGGGGGACGACCGGGGUCGCGGGAACGCCGCGUCUUGCGACGGAAAGAGACAGCAACUGCGAGACACGACGACUGAAGACGAAAACGGAGACGGGUUCCACGUCGAGCCCGAGAACGGUCGUUCCAAAGGCCGAGAAGAAGGUGAGAGACGCCCUCUCGAGCACCCACCCAACAUCUUGACAAAGCCGCAAUGUUUCAAGAGAAAGAGCUGUCCCAGUACCGGCCGCUUCCGAGAAGAGUGUCGACAAAUACGAUGCACACCGCUUGAGAAGGCAAACCCCGAACGGCUCAGAGCCUUCACGCUCUGUGGAACUCCCGAAUAUCUUCCUCCAGAAGUGCUUCUCGUUAAAGGUCAUGACUGCAAAGCUGACUGCUGGGCACUAGGAAUUCUCGUCUACGAAAUGCUUGUCGGCCAGACGCCCUUCUACCACGAGAAUCCCCAAGAGAUGUACGAGAAUAUUCUCCGCGCUCCCGUUCCGUUCAGUCCUUGUCUGAGUCCGAUGGCUAUGGAUCUCAUCGAACGCCUGCUUCGAAAGAGUGCAAGCAAACGUCCAAGCAUGAAAGAUCUCCCUUACCAUCUUUUCUUCACGUCUGUGAAAUUCGACUGGACCGCAGCAGCCCGAGGUCGCCUAACUCCCCCGUUCGUCCCUCCCGUCCGAAGCAAAAUGGAUACGCACAUGUUCGACGAAUAUCCGGAAUCUUUCGGCUCAGAAGGCCCGUCGCCGACCGCAGAAGAAGACAUCUGGUUUCAGGAGUUCUGA